UAUAAAAUGUGGUGGUUACUUAAAAUGACUGUGUUUUUGCACUGCGUCCAGUCAGUACGCAUAAUGAACAUUCGGGUGCCAGAGGUCUUCCAAUAUGGCACCAAGGACGCUAUUACUUUGGACUGCGACUACGUCACAAACAACGUCACGGGUCUGGUGGUGAAGUGGUUUUACAUGGACAGAUCGCAGCCCGUAUACCAAUGGAUACCUCCACAAAAACCUCAAGCUUUGGGACUGUUGAAGCAUAAGCUGGAUCUCUCAUACAAAGUGUCGCAGAACCCGUACACCCAACAUAGGGCUCUACGCAUCCUGGCACCAGGUACUGAACUGACGGGAAACUACACUUGCGUCGUAUCCACAUUCCUGUCUGAAGACGAGAGGACACGGCCCAUGACCAUUUUCGUGCCCGAGACAAGAUUCGAUAUGAUCCAGGACCGACUCAGCGAUGGUUACCUGAACAUCAUCUGUUCCGCAGAAGGCGUGUUCCCGAGACCAGAACUUGUCAUUAUGGCAGGAAACAGACCACUUAAUGCGAAAUCAACAAUCAAGAGCAUCGAGGGUCGGUACACGGCGCUUACCAGUGCGGUGGUCAGAAUAGACUCGCUGCCUCCCACGGUGGAAAUACUGUGCGACAUGAACAUACCUUUAGCUAACUACUUUAGUAGAAAAAGGGAUAUAUUUUACAGAGACCCGCCGCCCGUCGAUCAAGAGCCUACUUCGAUAAACGCGCACACAUCGCGCGAUCACGGUAACACAAGCAAAUCAAGCCCGUCUCUGAUCGUGAUAUGCUGCAUAGCACUGUAUUACUGUCUAAAAAUUACGUGACAUUUUAUACAUAAAUUAACAAAAAAGGAAUU